CACCAUGUCCGAUUCCUAAAGUAAGCAGACGUUAGUUUGCGGAGUGGUCAUAUUGACUUUAGUCAUCAAAAGCACAGAGUGACCGACACAGAAAGCGGUUACUGUCUGCAACUGUAACUAUCCAGUGGAAACCUGUCUCUUUUCAGUCUACCAAAUACUUGACAAGAAAGACCCAAUAAGAGAAGAAGAGCUGAGAAAAUCCUACGCGAUUCCUGAAUCGGAUCUCUGUGAAUCUCUUAGUUUGUCUUGGAAAAAAUGCACGGGAAUCACUUGCUUCUCGAGGAGCCUAUACGCAUGGCUUCCAUUUUGGAGCCUUCUAAGCGCACAGUAUAUCCUGCAAUGACGAAGAUAGUUGGCACACUCGGUUCGAAAUCGCGGUCUGUCGAGAUCAUUUCCGAUUGCCUUAAGGCAGGAUUGUCUGUGGCAAGGAUUGAUUUUUCAUGGGGCGAUAAUGAAUACCACCAAGAGACAUUGGACAACUUGAAGACGGCAAUCAAGAGUACCAAGAAGCUUUGUGCAGUUAUGCUAGACACAGUGGGCCCGGAGUUGCAGGUAGUUAAUAAAACUGAUAAUCCCAUUUCACUUCAGGCGGACAGUUUGGUUAUCCUUACACCAGAUCAAGAAAAAGAGGCCACCUCAAAUCUUUUACCCAUUAAUUUUACAGGGCUUGCGAAGGCAGUGAAAAAGGGGGACGCUAUUUUCAUUGGGCAAUACCUUUUUACAGGGAGUGAAACCACAUCAGUGUGGUUGGAGGUAACUGAGGUGCAUGGUGAAGAUGUGGUUUGUUUGAUAAAGAACUCUGCUACCUUGGCUGGAUCAUUGUUUACUUUGCAUGUUUCUCAAAUCCGUAUUGAUCUUCCAACACUCACGGAUAAUGAUAAGAAGGUCAUAAGCACAUGGGGUGUUCAUAACAAUAUAGACUUCCUGUCAUUGUCAUAUACGCGGCAUGCUGAAGAUGUUCGUCAAGCUCGUGAGUUUAUUUCCAAGUUAGGUGACCUCACCCAAACUCAAAUUUUCGCAAAGAUUGAAAACACGGAGGGAUUAACUCAUUUUGACGAGAUUCUGCAAGAAGCAGAUGGGAUCAUUCUCUCUCGUGGAAAUUUGGGAAUAGAUCUGCCACCGGAGAAGGUGUUUUUAUUCCAAAAGGCUGCUGUCUACAAGUGCAAUAUGGCUGGAAAGCCAGCAGUGGUGACUCGUGUUGUGGACAGUAUGACCGAAAAUCUGAGGCCCACUCGUGCUGAAGCCACUGACGUUGCCAAUGCAGUAUUGGAUGGAAGUGAUGCAAUUCUUCUAGGUGCAGAGACUCUACGGGGACUAUACCCUGUUGAGACCAUUUCCACCGUUGGAAAGAUUUGUGCUGAGGCGGAGAAGGUUUUCAAUCAAGAUCUUUAUUUCAAGAAGACUGCGAAAUAUGUUGGUGAACCAAUGACCCAUUUGGAAUCUAUUGCAUCCUCAGCAGUACGUGCAGCAAUUAUGGUCAAGGCCUCUGUAAUUAUUUGCUUCACUUCAUCUGGAAGAGCCGCAAGGUUGAUUGCAAAGUACAGGCCAACAAUGCCUGUAAUUUCUGUUGUUAUCCCCCGGCUAAAGACAAACCAACUUCGAUGGACUUUCACUGGCGCUUUUGAGGCGAGGCAAUCACUUAUAGUCAGGAGCCUUUUCCCCAUGCUUGCAGAUCCUCGACAUCCUGCCGAGUCUAGGAAUGAGACGAACGAGUCCAUUCUAAAGGUUGCUCUGGAUCAUGGCAAGGCCUCCGGUUUAAUCAAGUCACAUGAUCGUGUCGUUGUUUGCCAGAAAGUUGGUGAUGCAUCAGUUGUGAAGAUCAUUGAGCUCGAAGAUUAGAAGUAACAUUGCAUGUUGCUUUUUGUACGUUUUGCUUCCACAAACCGAGUAGUUUCAAAAAUAAGACGAGAGAUAUGUAUGUAGGGGUCUUUACUUAUGUAAGAAAAAUUCGGAUUUGAGAGGUUGAAAAGAAUAUAGAAAGCAAGAAGAGGGUUUGAGGCGUAUAGAAAUACUUUUCUUUAAGGCUUUA